GCGCGACUAGCGGAUUACUUCGUGGAGGUCGUCGCGGAGCCAGCGGACGCGUCGCAGCAGCAGCAGCGAGGCGAAGACUUCGAGCAGCGCGUCGUGACGCGGAUCCCGUCCAGCGACCACGAGGACUUCGCGCUGCCUGACGGGGUGCCGUACUUCUGCAUCCCGGGGAGCGAGGCGUUUUUCGAGCCGUCGGUGUACGAGCGCAAGCCCACGUUCUUCUCCUUUAUUCUGACGGGCGGGGACGGCGCCCAUGCCUACGGGUUCGCGCUGCACUUCUUGGAGGAAUAUUCUACUGCUGCUUCGAACUGGAGACCUCGAGUGCUGUGCUUGAUUUCGCACCACCCGUUCUUCUCGCUGUUCAAGGAGAUCGUUAGCUGGAUGUACCGAAGCCGGUAUCUUAAGAGGGAGCACUCGCUCGUGCAGACCAAGAUCGCCUAUGCGUGUGAGGAUUGCAGCUGGUUUCUCUCUCCAAGACACGCAGCAUCUGCGUUGUUAUCUGAACAGCGGCUGUUGAGUAGCAGCAAGGGGCCAAUAGAUCGGAUCCGCGCUUCAACCCCGGAUUGGAAAGAUACUUCUGACGAUAACAACAGCGAGGUCCGAGAGCAGUACCAUCGCAUCCUCCCGCAGCUCCUUCGCGAGGCUUACCGUCCAGCUCAGGGCGAUGCACUCGACAUACGGAUGCAUGGGCGCGAGUUCUUCCGCUACCAUGUUCAGCGGGGGAAGGCUGCGCAUCUGGAUGACUACUGCUUUCAGAUGCUGUUCCAGUGUUUGAGUCUCAAGAACGUCAUUUACAUCGUCAACUGCCUGCUUCUGGAGCAGAGGGUGUUGGUU